CUGCUACUUUGCACAUCGCCGACACCUCUCCUUUCUUGCCCUGGAACUCCUUUGAUUCUGGUCGCGUACACUGCCAUUCUCCCUAGAAACACGGAAAACUCUAGCAGACACUCGGAUAGUCGACAAUACGCGCAAAGAUGAGCGCAGAAGAGAUCGAUCUCUACGAGAUCCUAGGGAUUUCAAAAGGUGCCAGUAAAGCGGAGAUCAAGAAGGCGUAUCACAAGGCCGCGCUGUCAUCACAUCCCGACAAAGUUCCCGAGGACCAGCGAGAAGAGGCAGACGUCAAGUUCAAAGCCGUCUCGCAAGCCUACGAAAUCCUGAGCGAUGACGAUACUCGAGCGAUGUACGAUCAGCACGGCAUGGCCGCCUUCGAGAAGGGCCAAGGCGGAGGUGGGGCAGGACCUGACCUCGACGAUAUUCUAGCACAGAUGUUCGGUAUGGGUGGUGGUAUGGGUGGCAUGGGCGGUGAUCCAUUCGGAGGUAUGGGUGGAGGCCCGCCAGGACAGCGCCGAAAGAGACCAAAGGGCAGGAACGAGAUGCAGCAGUACGAGGUCACACUGGAGGAGUUGUACAAGGGCAAGACGACAAAGUUUGCCAGCACGAAGAAUGUCAUCUGCAAUAACUGCGAGGGCAGUGGAGGCAGAGAAGGCAAGAAGCCAAAGACGUGCGACACUUGCAAGGGCCGCGGCGUGCAGACACGACUGCAGCCAGUGGGACCCGGCAUGGUAACGCAGGCGACAGUCGAAUGCUCAACGUGCAGUGGCCGAGGGCAGUUCUUUGCGGAUAAGGACAAGUGCAAGAAGUGCAAAGGCGCUCGCACAAUCAAGCAGAAGAAAAUCCUGGAGCUCUACAUCCCUCGAGGGUCACGAGAAGGAGAACACAUUAUUCUGUCAGGCGAGGCAGAUCAGGAUCCGAACGACGAAGAGCCUGGAGAUAUCAUAUUCGAACUGGUCGAGGAGCAGCACAAGACCUUCAACCGAGCAGGCGCAGACUUGCACGCGGAACUGGAAAUCAGUCUGGCUGAGGCUUUGACGGGCGUCGAUCGCGUUGUGAUCACCCAUCUCGACGGCCGGGGACUGCAUCUGAAGGUGCAGCAACCAAAUGGCAAAGUUCUGCGACCAGACGAGGUUCUCAAGAUCGAGGGCGAGGGCAUGCCUAUGAAGCGGUCGGACCACAAGGGUGAUCUCUACCUCUCGCUCAAGAUUAUCUUUCCUGAGGAUGGCUGGCUCAAAGACCCGGCUGCCGUGGAUCGUGUCAAAGCUGUGCUGCCUCAACCAACUGCUAAUCCUGCUGGUGGAUUCGCAGAUGUGAAGCCUGGGCAGACCCCGGAGAUCAUUGACGAGAUCCAUGACUUCGAAGUCGUCGACUCUCUGGAUGGCUUUGGUGCUGGUUCAGAUGACCCACGAGCAGCAGGUGCGGAGUGGGAAGACGACGAUGACAGGCCGCAAGGAGCACAAUGCGCGCAACAGUAGUUGCUGUUUCAUUCCGCGAUGGGCUAUAAGGCCUCCUGCAAAGUUUGCAUAGCGUUCGGCGUUCUUUGGGCGAUUCCAGGGUGAUGUGUGAGCAGGGUCGCAGGUGGCCUGGCUAUGAGACGUACGCUGACUCUCAGCUCGUGUAGUAUAGAGUGCACAUAUGACGACCUAGCAUUUUGGCUACAGGCCUGGAUAGGGAAGCCCAGGGGCGCAAAAGCAGCAAUCCAAGAACGAGAAGUAACAUUCCAGAGUCUCCUUACUUUGCUGCGAAGUCCGGUCGUAGCUCGAGCUACGCACGCGAUGCUGCAUGGCACCUCGUGGUCCGGAAGACGACGAUCGAUGAGCAUCGCAGCAGCAGAUGGCAGAGGGCCAUUCAAUCGUGCAUGGUACCAGAAGACAUUACCCUAUACAAGCAAGCCCACCCGUCGUCCAGGCAGCUCCUCUCCCAAGAAAGAAAAACCAAAACAUCCAGCUCUAAAGCCUUGGCGCACGUCUUGCUUUGACGUUCUACGUUCUAUCCUGUCCUCC